UUGGAAAUUCCUUUGAAAACGGUUUGAUUUAGUGGAGGGAGAAAAACCAUUUCAUAAUUGUACCAAAACAAAUAAUAAUAGAAAAACCAUUUCAUAAGCUGAAUUUCAAGAUUUGAUUGCUCUGUUUGAAAUUUGCUCUAUCAACUCAAAAAUCGUGCUGGUGUAGUCUCGAUAAUGAAUCGGACAAAAAUCAAGCGUAGAGUUGGUAAAUAUGAAGUUGGAAGGACAAUCGGUGAGGGAACGUUCGCGAAAGUCAAGUUUGCAAGGAAUUCGGAGACAGGAGAUAGUGUGGCAAUCAAGAUUCUCGAUAAAGAUAAGGUGCUUAAGCACAAAAUGGCUGAACAGAUAAAGCGGGAAAUAGCUACAAUGAAGUUAAUCAGACAUCCCCAUGUUGUACAGUUAUACGAGGUUAUGGGAAGCAAGACAAAGAUAUUCAUUGUUUUGGAGUUUGUUACAGGUGGAGAGUUAUUUGAUAAAAUUGUAAAUCAUGGACGAAUGCACGAAGAAGAGGCAAGGAAGUAUUUUCAGCAGCUUAUUCAUACUGUUGAUUAUUGCCAUAGUAGGGGAGUCUAUCACAGAGAUCUAAAGCCUGAGAAUUUACUGUUGGAUGCUUCUGGUGACCUCAAGGUUUCUGAUUUUGGGUUGAGUGCUCUAUCCCAGCAAGUCAGGGAUGAUGGCUUACUGCAUACCACCUGCGGAACUCCAAACUAUGUUGCACCUGAGGUACUCAAUGACCGAGGAUAUGAUGGGGCAACGGCAGACCUCUGGUCAUGCGGAGUCAUACUCUUUGUACUACUUGCAGGUUACUUGCCUUUUGAUGACUCCAAUCUUAUGAACCUGUAUAACAAAGUGAGCAUUUUUCUUCACCAUUUAAUACCGUUCAGUCUUUUUGUGUUUAUCUGUUGGCUAGUUUCACUAUAUCUAUCUUGGUAUAUACAGAUCUCUGCUGCUGAAUUUACGUGCCCACCUUGGAUAUCUUUUGGCGCCAUGAAGUUAAUUACUCGCAUCUUGGAUCCAAAUCCUACGACACGUAUUACCGUUGCCGAAAUUUUAGAGGAUGAGUGGUUUAAGAAAGAUUAUAAACCACCUGUGUUUGAUGAGAUAGAAGAUGCAAACCUGGAUGACGUUGAAGCUGUGUUCAAGGACUCCGAAGAAUAUCAUGUAACAGAGAGAAGAGAAGAGAAGCCAACUUCCAUGAACGCAUUCGAGUUGAUUUCUAUGUCACAAGGACUUAACCUCGGCAAUCUCUUCGAUGAACAGGGAUUCAAGAGAGAAACAAGGUUCACAUCUAAAUGCCCGGCCAAUGAGAUAAUCAGUAAGAUUGAAGAAGCUGCUAAGCCUCUUGGUUUCGAUGUUUCCAAAAAGAACUACAAGAUGAGGCUCCAAAAUUUGAAGGCGGGAAGAAAAGGGAACCUUAAUGUUGCCACUGAGGUGUUUCAAGUUGCCCCGUCUCUUCAUAUGGUUGAGGUGCGAAAGGCAAAAGGAGACACUUUGGAAUUCCACAAGUUCUACAAGAAUCUUUCAACCUGCCUAGAUAAGGUUGUAUGGAAAACUGAACAGGACAUGGAAGAGAAAAAAUGAAGGGCAAUAGAAUCUGCAUUUUUAAAAAGCUCUGUUGCUACCAAUUGUAAGAACUGUUGUGGUUCUUUCUUUCUUCUUAUUGUUUUUCCCUUUUUUUUUUUUUUUUUUUUUUUUUUUGAGGCCAUCUUUUCUGGCCUCAAAAGAUGUUUUACCAAUUGUUUUAUUAGAGGUAGGUGUUGGACAGAUAACAGAGUUUGCUCCAAUUAAAAUUAAGCUUGUAUGAUGUGUAUCGCUUUUGACAAUUGUGAUUGCAAUUGUAUACUGUAUAUUGGAUUCUUCA